AUAGCAAUCAUUCUCAGAAAUCUCUAGAGAUUUAGAUAGAAUUUUGUGUUGAAACAACGUGGUGUGUUUCAAAUUGAAGAUGACAUGUCCCACAUUCAAUAUAUAAAUUUAAUGAUGUGUAGCCUCCCUCAAGAAACAUAUCAUAUUUUUAUGGUUCUUUUUUUCAACAAUUUUCUUUAAGCAGUGCUAAAUGAAUUCAAGAUUCACCCGUUCGAUUUCUUCCUCAAGGUGUGAUGGGAAGAGUGAAACCCAGAUGAACAAAGGCGAUCAGGAGGGUAGUCAAUACCCUUUUGUGAGUAUUUUAAGUAUGAGUGGAGGAGAUGGAAACAAUAGCUACUCCACCAACUCUCUUCUUCAGAGAAGAGUUUUAUCAAUGACCAAACCCAUCCUGGUUAAAAACACUAAAGAAAUGAUGAGAAACUUGGACUUUCCUGAAUGCAUUAAACUAGCCGAUUUGGGAUGUUCUUCGGGACAAAACACGUUCAUGGUCAUGUCUGAUAUCGUCAACACAAUCAAUACGUUAUGUGAAGAAAGCAACAAAAAACCUCCAGAGAUAGAUUGUUGUCUGAACGAUCUCUCUGGUAAUGAUUUCAACACGACGUUCAAGUUCAUGAUUUUUUUCAAAGAUAUGCUCACAAGCAAAAUACCAUGCUUUGUCUCUGGAGUUCCUGGUUCCUUUUACUCAAGGCUCUUUACUCGUAAGAGUCUCCAUUUCAUUCAUUCAAAUUACAGUCUUCAUUACCUUUCUAAGGUUCCCGACAGACUUGAGAAGAACAAGAUGAGUGUGUACAUAACAGGUUCAAGUCCUAUAAGUGAACACAAGGCAUACUUGAAUCAAUUUCAGACAGAUUUUACGACAUUUCUAAGAAUGCGCUCUGAAGAAAUGGUAUGUAAUGGAUGCAUGGUUCUCACAUUAUUAGGCAGAAAGACUCAUGUUGACCCAUUGUAUAGAGAUUGCUGCCAUUAUUGGACGUUGUUACCCCAAUCUCUCUCUGACCUAGUUUUCGAGGGUCUUGUGAGUGCAUCAAAAGUGAAGUCGUUCAACCUGCCGUUUUAUGAUCCGAACGAAGAAGAAAUGAGAGAAAUUAUUAGAAACGAGGGUUCAUUCAUGAUAAAGGACUUGGAGACACAUGUAUUUGAUCUCGGCCAUAGUAACGAAGAUUAUAGCUUGCAAUCAGAUAGAGCUAAAGCAGGGGAAAAAGAAGCUAAUUGCAUAAGAGCAGUGGUUGAAACGAUGCUUGUAGCUCACUUUGGAGAUGCCAUUAAUAUCGAUACAUUGUUUGAAAAAUACGCGCAUCAUGUUUCUCAGCAUGCUAGCUGCAAGAACAAAACGUCUGUCAGUCUAGUCGUUUCACUGAUUCGGAACUAAAACUUAAUAAUUAAUAAUAUUUUUUUAAUAUAAA